GUUUAUUAAGGGUUACCGUUGCUAAUACACGAUAAGAGAAACUAAAAAUUCCGAUAAAACAUUUUUUUAGCGGUCUUUUUAGUUUAUAGACGAGAUGGGUGCCAUAUGCAACACAUUCAUCCUUUUCAUUAUUACGAUAGUUUUGGGCCUUAGUCAAGGUGUGGACGUACCCGUGAAUGUUCCAAUAUUCAUUCAACAUGUUCAGACCAAACGAUACAUAGCUGCCGAUCUCGGAACCGUCAAAUGUAGAAAAUUUGCAGGAAAAUUUGAAAUAACAAAAUCGGCUACUAAGUCAGGGGAAUAUUAUUUUACUUCUUUGGCCGAGGUCGGCAAGGUGUUUGACAUUAAAGGAGGGUGCGGCUAUGGCAACAGUCUUAUUCUUUAUUCACGAAAUUUUGGGACUAACCAGCGGUUUAUCAUAAAUGACGAUAAAUCCAUCAAAAGCGCAUGUGAAGGCGCGUUUGCUCUAGGACUUCAGGACGGCAGACUGAAAGUAGUAAAUCCGAAUAACUCAACCAAUCAAUUUAAUUUUAUACAGGUGGUGUGAUACACUGACUUAAUGGAAAUAAAUUUUACAAAACAGUAAUCUUCUUCUUCUUCCU